AAGCAAGUGCCAGGGCUCGCCAACCAUGCAAGGACAGGGCAGGAGAAGAGGAAUCCGCAAAGACAUAUUUUGUUCCAAAAUGGUAUCUUCCCUUUAUGGAGUACUCUUUGCUGUUGGCCUCUGUGCUCCAAUCUACUGUGUGUCCCCGGCCAAUACCCCCAGCGGAUACCCCCACCCUUCCUCCACAAAGAGCACCCCUGCCUCACAGGUGUAUUCCCUCAAUACCGACUUUGCCUUCCGCCUGUACCGCAGGCUGGUUUUGGAGACCCCGAGUCAGAACGUCUUCUUCUCCCCCGUGAGUGUCUCCACUGCCCUGGCCAUGCUCUCCCUUGGGGCCCACUCAGUCACCAAGACCCAGAUUCUCCAGGGCCUGGGCUUCAACCUCACACACACACCAGAGUCUGCCAUCCACCAAGGCUUCCAGCACCUGGUUCACUCACUGACUGUUCCCAGCGAAGACCUGGCCUUGAAGAUGGGAAGUGCCCUCUUCAUCAAGAAGGAGCUGCAGCUGCAGGCAAAUUUCUUGGGCAAUGUCAAGAGGCUGUAUGAAGCAGAAGUCUUUUCUACAGAUUUCUCCAACCCCUCCGUUGCCCAGGCGAGGAUCAACAGCCACGUGAAAAACAGGACCCAGGGGAAGGUUGUAGACAUAAUCCAAGGCCUUGACCUUCUGACAGCCAUGGUGCUGGUGAACCACAUUUUCUUUAAAGCCAGGUGGGAGAAGCCCUUUCACCCUGCAUAUACAAGAAAGAGCUUCCCAUUCCUGGUGGGCAAGCAGGUCACUGUGCGUGUCCCCAUGAUGCACCAGAAGGAGCAGUUUGCUUUUGGGGUGGAUACAGAGCUGAACUGCUUUGUGCUGCAGAUGGACUACAAGGGAGAUGCUGUGGCCUUCUUUGUCCUCCCUAGCAAGGGCAAGAUGAGGCAACUGGAACAGGCCUUGUCAGCCAGAACACUGAGAAAGUGGAGCCACUCACUCCAGAAAAGGUGGAUAGAGGUGUUCAUCCCCAAAUUUUCCAUUUCUGCCUCCUACAAUCUGGAAACCAUCCUCCCGAAGAUGGGCAUCCAAAAUGCCUUUGAUGAAAACGCUGAUUUUUCUGGAAUUACAAAGAGAGACUCCCUGCAGGUUUCUAAAGCAACCCACAAGGCUGUGCUGAAUGUCAGUGAAGAGGGCACUGAGGCCGCAGCAGCUACCGCCACCAAGUUUAUAGUCCGAUCGAAGGAUGGUCCCUCUUACUUCACUGUCUCCUUCAAUAGGACCUUCCUGAUGAUGAUUACAAAUAAAGCCACAGACAGUAUUCUCUUUCUAGGGAAAGUGGAAAAUCCCACUAAAUCCUAGGUGGGAAAUGGCCUGUUGACUGACGGCACAUUGCUAAUGCACAAGAAAUAACAAACCACAUCCCUCUUUCCGUUCUGAGGGUGCACUUGACCCCAGUGGAGCUGCAUUCGCUGGCACGGACACCACUUCCAAGGCUCCAUCACCAAACCAUCAACACGGACCCCAGUCACAAGCCAACACCCAUUAACCCCAGUCAGUGCCCUUUUCCACAAAUUCUCCUAGGUAACUAGCUUCAUGGGAUGUUGCUGGGUUACCAUAUUUCCAUUCCUUGGGGCUCCUGGGAAUGGAAAUGCACCAACCCAGGUUAGGCACCUCUAUUGCAGAAUUACAAUAACACAUUCAAUAAAACUAAAAUAUGAAUUCAGCUAUCAA